AUGAUUCUUAAUUUCAUGAAUCGUUUGGCAGCAGGGACCCUAGUAUCUAUAGAUCCGGAUGAGAUGUCGAUUGGGAAUGCAAGGGUGCAGAUACACAAAUACGAUAGUUUGGCCAGAUGCGUGUUUUUGGAAGGAUUGGUCAAGUGUUGUCUGGUUAAAGAUGGGAAGUUGAGACGGUAUGUGAUGGGCAAUUUGAUCGAGAAAUAUUGGGUCACACCAGAUCCGACUAUGAAAAGCUUAUACGAACACGUAAUUCAGUUAUUUGCCCACGCGUCGUUUGGCAUUCUCACAGAUCUAUCUUCCUUUUCACUUCCGUCUACGCCAUCUAUUCCGCAUAUUCUUUCACCAACAAACACCACAGCCCCGUCUCUCCCUCCCUCGCAUUCUCUAGCUUACUUAAUUCUAAAAACAUUACAUAACAAUAUAUCUCCCAAGACAUUGAAAGACACUUCAGCUCAUGUAGUGAGAUCAUUGGUUAGCGUUGCCGUGUGUGUGCUUGCUGUGUAUCCUCCUGAGAACACUUCAUAUAUAAAUUCAAAGACGACAAAUAAUGAUAUGGGAAUGGACAAUUAUUCCAAUAAAAGAGACGAUAAAGAGAAGGAAGAUAAAAAGGAAGAAAGUACAGUUGUUAUUUCAAUGGCAAAAAAAUACGUAGAAGGACUCUGGAUGAGUGGAUGGCAACAUGAAGUAAUAAUGCUUGUGAAAGAGGCAAUUGAACAAGAUACCUUAGAAAGAAUUGUGUUUAUGUACAAUCAUUUAGCAUUUGGUAUUAAUGAGAGUAUAGGAACAGAAUUGGUAAAGGAAACGAUUUCAGACUUAUUUGCGAAACUUUUAAGAGUAUCUCCUAUGCCCAGUGUUGUCUCGCAUCUUUCCAAACUUCUUUUAUCACUUUCAACCAAAUAUCGACCAAGUUUCUAUAAACCCAUACUCGCAUGUGUGGCCUCAGACUCUGAGGAAAGAGUGUCAGAGUAUUUGCAUCUGAUAGUUACUUUGAGACGGUAUAUGACAGCCAUCGAAUUGUGGAUGCAAGAUAAAGAAUUUCUGUGUAUCGUUUUGUUAAGUGAUGUUGGAAGCGGAAAAUCUGGUAAUAGAGGGAAAGAUAAAGAUGUUAAAAAGGAGACGGGAAGCGAGAAACAAAAUCGUGACAGUGAGAACGCAAAGGGGAAGCAAGAGGCAAAUGAAAAGGACGGUGACGGUGAUAAAUUAAAUUCAAAAGAUGACUUGUCUUGGGGUUCGACCACUCUUGGUCAGUGUGUGAUUGCGAUGGAAUUUGCAUGGGCUGUCAGAGAGUUGCGAAUUCAGUCCCAAAGUCAAUACGGAAGGGCUAGAGGACAAUUGGAAAUGGCGAUCAAGUUUCUUUGCGAUCUUGAGCGGAAAUUGGCCAUUUUUAUUACAGCGAAGGAAAAGCAUGUUCAGAUACCCAUUCCCUUGCGCCUCAUUCUCUGUACCCUCUUUCUCGACUUACGUCUUCUUUGUCGACAAGCAUCACGCCCGGGGUGGCUUACUCGCAUCAUUAAUUGGCUCAUUUACUCCUCGCCCGGAACUGUGACAUUCCGCGAGAUAUUUGUAAGCAAACGAGAAAGUAAUCGCUUUCCCGCAGAUGUAGAGUUACAGCAUAUAUCAGAUCAGCUGGAUGAGGUUGAGAUGAUCUUGACAAGGAUUAGAGUGGUUUAUGCCACGGUGGAUGAUUUAUGCUUGAACGAGGAUAAAAGAGACGAAAUGUCUGACUAUCUGGCGGUCCCUACAAUUGUUGCAUUUUCAUCUCCAUCAAACCCUUCGAUUCCCCUAAGCCCGUAUAAUGAAAUGCGGAGACGAUCUAUGCUUGCACCGUCUUCUACGAUGACGGACUCAUCAGAUACCAAUGUUUCAUCCUCAUAUCGUAUGCCUGGCUCGUCUUCAAUUUUUACAUCCCUUUCAUCCAGUGAAUAUUCGCAAAUGGCGCCAUAUUUAUGGAAUAGAUUUCUAAACGAUAGAAAUCACAAGUCUUUUGAACUAGCUUCAUUUUUGUUUGUUCAGUGUGGUGAGAAAGCACCUGAUAUUGUAUCGGAAUUGAUUAAGAACGAUCUAUACAGCUCAAAUCCAUUACCUCGCACUGUAGCACUUUUAAAUUUAUCAUCUUUCUUUGCCCACCGCCAUACCAUACUAUCCCCACCUUUCCUCUCUCCUUCGUCGCGCCGGCGUCUUAUACGCUUUCAAGUGCCACAAAUUCCCUUUAUCCCGACUGAUAUUGGCUCUUCCGAUACAAUUCUUUACGAUUCAGCUCGCACGUCAGAAGUGAAAUCUGGAAACGCGUUACCAGCGGAAGUCAGAAAACGAAUACAAGACUUGGGGUGGGAGGAACAGGAUGAAAAAGAGCAUGAAAGGUGGAAAAGAGUUGUUACGCCGUUAUCUUUGUUACCAACUUUCUAUUUAGAAGACGUUGAGAGGCAGGAAGAGAAUGAAAAUGGAGGAGGAACGGAGGUCGGAAUCAUGGGAAUGAGUAAGAAUUCAUACGGUGAAUAUGAAAACAACGGAGGAAACAAGCUUAGUUACGCAGAAGGAAAGAUCAAAGUCAAUAGAAACCGUCCACUUGUAGAUCGAGACAACAAGAGACAUUCUACAAACUCGAACAAUGCAAUCCAGCCAACGUUUAACAAAAAGCGCGCUGUGACUCUUCCUCUUCUCUCACUCUUCUCCCUUUCCCUGGUUGAUCUUCUUGACGAUACGCAUGGUGGUGUCUACGCCCUUUCCAAAGAGGUGAUACUCUAUUUUCUACGUGACGACCCUUCGCUAUUUCUUCGCCUCUAUUUUUCCGAGCUUGGCUUGUCGUCGUUUUCUUCUCAAAAGGCCCUACUCACGAAACUUCGGAAUCUUCUCUCGAUGCAACACGUGUUUCCUCCCGGAUUUUCACACACAUUGUUUAAUCAUCUAGCGGGGAUUCUCAAAUGGUAUGCGCGUGAUAAUAAGUCUGGUGGAUUUAGACUGAUGUGUUAUAUCAUGCCCGUGUUGGCCGAUUUGGUUCCGACGGUUAACGACAUGACUGUUAGAGAUUUUAGAAAAAAUAAAAUUGAACAUAUCUUGUUGAAUAAUGGAUCGAUAUGGUUUUCCGAUGGAAGUCCAGCAGAAAUGUUUCCGAGGAAUCCUGUUGAGAUGGAUGUGAGUGGAAUCGUGAGUGGAAAUGAGGAUGGUACCGUCAACACUGGCUUUGAAUUGCUGGGUAUCGACAAACGCAUAUUUAGCAUAUACAUGCUUCGAAUCGGACAUAUUCUUUUUAUGAAUAACUUUUUAAUUAGCUUCAGUAAGGAAGCUUAUUCCUUCAAAAAGUGGAUUGAGGAGUAUAAAGAACUUGAUGUUUCCGAGGAAUUUGGAAGUGGAGUUCGAGGAAAGACAAAGGCGGGUGUUGAAGACGAGAAAGAAGAGAAGAAUGAGAACGAGAUGUAUUUACCCGAUCUGAAAAGACGCAGUGGAUGGACUAGUCGUAGCAAAUUGGAUUUGAGCAGCAGAAAUGGAGAGCGUGACGUUGGAAACGAAAAAAGACUUGGAUCGAAUUUCUGGGACGACGGUAACGCUAAAGAGUAUGAAAAACGCAAGGAUCGCAGCGGCAUCAAUUCUUUUAAUGAGACUAAUGCUUCAAAUGGCUAUACGUCUAAUGCAAAAAGUCGGACCGAUCUCGUACAUCUGUCCGCUUUACGUGCACGGGCAUGGAACAAUCUAAUAUAUUCUCUUAUCAAAAGUCUCAAUCGCAACUACAAUGAUCGUGCGGAACUUACCUUGUUUCUUAGUGGGGUAAAUAAAAUUCUCCUUCAACACUCAACUGACUAUGGAAUAGUGAGCCAGUCACUCGUGCUAUAUCUCAAUGCUGCCUUGCAUUUUGAUAGAUUGUUUGAUAACAACAGAGGGUAUGCGAUCUUCAUUCCUGCAGUGUUUAAGGUAUACUGUGAAUCCGAAACCAGUCAAGCGAUAAGAGCAGCGAUUACCUAUGCAUGGAGUAGAUUUUACAAGUUUCAUGAAGAGUCUUUUGUAUUUCAAUCAUUGGGAUGUUUAACUCCGUUAAUUCUUCGAGCAUAUUCUAAAUCUCGUGUCCUCGGCGAGUGGAUGUCGCAGUCACUGUUUGAGCUUCUUAAAUCCCUCUCGAGCACAAAAAGACUUCCGGAUUCACUUGGUAUUCAAGAUGAUUUAUACUAUCUCCCUCCAACACUCACAACACUUCCUAUGCUUCAUUUUCCUAUAUCACCUUCCGUUCUUCUUUCCAAUCCGCUCGUACGCAAAGCAGCAAUUACGGCUGCUAAUGCUUCGAAACUCAAACCCGAACUUCUUGGUCUAACCGAGGAGAAGUAUUUCUUUUUGGACGAUUUAUUCAGAUUGUUUAUGACAAUUAUCGCAUAUGAUACAGGUUCGGUGAGAGCGGAACAGUUCGUAAUGUUGUUAAGAGGAAUGUUGGGAGAUUUAAUUAGAGAAUCGAACACUUUGGCAAUAUUAGUUGAGGAAGGGGUGGCUGCAUUGUGUGAAGUAUUCUUAAAAUUUGCAAAGAGCGGAAAGGGUGUGGGCGUUGGAAGUGGGGGGACUGGGAAUAUGACGACUUCAUUUGAUUACAAGAUUUCCGAGCCUUAUGUCUACGGCAAACAAUGGCCUCAGAACGAUCGUGUAACUAUCAAGCUCAAUUUCCUUCACCUCGUUCGUGUUUAUUCUCGACAUGGAGGCAGAUUGUCCGACGCUUCUCAUUCAAAACUUUCGAACAUUAUUCGAUUGAUGCUCAAAGAUUAUGCAAAUGCGAAAGUUUUAAUAUCAACCGGCUUUAUAGCUGAAUAUAUUAAAGAUGUCAUUGUUGAAUCACUGAGUUCAUUCUCUGAUUCAAUCAACCCAUCAGCCACCAUCUCGCCCGUUCUUACGACACCACUUACCGCUUAUUCACUCUCUCGUCCUAUUGAUGAAGGGCGCAAGUCAACCCUAAUUCUUCUUCGUAACAUUGCACCACUAUUUCGCCAAUAUUACAAAUCAAUCGACUUUUCGGGUGUACUCGAUGGCUUAACAGCAAUAAUCAAAUUCGGCAAUGGCAUGUUAGUCCGUGGUGAUGAGAUUGCAUCAAUCAUCAAAGAGAAAUUUGUUAUAGUUGGUUUGUCGGCUGCAUUAAAGGGUGACUGGGAUGACGAUGAUGCGAGGGAUUUGCGAAUAUAUCAAACGAGAUUUAUUGAUUCUUUAGUAAAAGUCUUUGUGGCUUUGAUGGUAUACACCGACUUGGAUAUGAUGAGCGAUUUGAAGAAGUAUCCACCGUCUGCACGGAUUAUAGAGAGAGUAAUCAUUCCUAUAAUUAUGGAAUAUAAAGAUAAGGAGGUGAACGAACGAACACCGAAUGCAACAGGUAGUAGUGGAACGUUCAGAGGAGCGAAUGCAUCAGGAUCCAACACGUCGAACACAUUCAUGUUGAACCCACCCCGAUUACCACGAAUCAACCCUCAACAGAAAUACAUAUCGAAUUGGCUUAGCCUCAUAGACUAUAUCAUUCGUUCAUGUACAAGCCAAUCAAUCACACGAUCUAAGACGUCUGCAUUCAAUUUUCUCAAUUCAUCUUCCACUACGGUUGAUCAAAUAAAUUCCGACAUUGAAACGGACGAGAAAAUAGAGACUAAACAGGAAAAAGGAGACAAGAUGGAUGACAUUAGUAUCAAAUCAGAUAGCAGACUGAGCCGACUGAUGUCAGUAAAGGACAACACACCUAAUACACGGAUUUCGGUGGCCCAGUUCAUAAUCUCAUUCACGGCAUUGAAGAUUGCAUUAAUAAGAGGAGAGAAAUGGAUUACUAAAGUACCGGGAAUGUGGUUGCAAAUUUCUCAGUUUAUCAGAAAGACCCUAGGACCGGCGAGUGGUAUUGCAGGUGGCGUAUAUAAAUAUGGUCAGUGGUCACGCGGAUCAACACCUAAUACAAGCACGCAUAACCUAGCUACUACCAGCGUAGAUGACAAUCAACUUCAUUCGUUCACUCCAGCGUCAGCAUUCGAUUUUGCAACAUGGACAUUACUGGAGCUGCUUGUAAGCUAUAGACUGCCACUUAAUCUAUACCUACGAACGUUUAUUCACCAAAAGAUCAAUGGUGGUGGUGGAACCAGUAGCGGUAACUGGUCGAGACACGGGAAUGAAGGCGAAGGAAUUACAAAUAUGAGUUUCACGAGUGCGAGUGGAAGUCAAUUUACCGGCAAUAAAAGACAGAAAUGGCGGAGUUGGGGCGGUCCUCCUGCCAUCAAUACAUCGAGUGAAGAUGGCAUCGGAAAUGAGCUUCGAUUUGGAAGCAGGAACGGAAGCGAGACCAAUCUAAGCGAUAUUGGGCGCACGCGUGAAUUUAAUAAUAACGAUGGAAACAGCUUUACGAAUAGUCGUUCUAAAAUAGCGCUUGAUACAACAAACCCUGAUUACGUAGUGCAUAUGUAUAUGGGUUACGGCAUGCCCGAGGGUAUUAAUCAUCUCACGGAUUCACAAAACAAGCAGGAACUUAGACAGUGGAAAUUGAAAGAUGCUCUUGACAAAUUAGAGGCGGAGAGAAAGGUUGUUGUUGAGGGAUUUAGCAAUGUGUUUUGGAGUUUAAAAGUAGAGUUCCAGCAAGAUUCGAUUGGCGCGGUUCCGGGAAUGUUAAAGAGUUCGUCAGAUGACAUCGUUGCAUUGAGAGAAAAUGAAAAAUUAGAGAAUUUAAUGCGUCGACAAAUAGUAGAUUUUGAAGUAGGGAAUUUUAUGUGUCAACAAAUAGUAGAUUUUGGAGUAGAGAAUUUAAUGCGUCGACAAAUAGUAGAUUUUGAAGUAGAGAGAUUUUGGAGUAGAGAAUUUAAUGCGUCAACAAGUAGAUUUUGA